AUGGCAUGCGUCACCAGUAUAGCUGACUACGGUUCAAUUUUAUGGUGGAAAGGGCAAAACCAAUUCAAGAAAAUCCUUCAAUCCUUGCAAAACCUCGCCCUUCGAAAAAUCCUAGGAGUAUUCAAAACCUCACCAAUAAAACCAAUGGAAAUAGAAGCCGCAUUGUGCCCUCCAGAAGUAAGGCUAAAUGCUGGAAUCAAACAAUACGCCUUCAGAUUAUUGAAAAUCUCCCCUUCUCAUCCUGUCAAUUUAAUAGCUACAAAGCUGGCUACAGAAAAGGAGAAUCAAGAUGUAGUUGCAACCCCUCAAAGAAAGCAAUUAAAACCUACUCAACUCGAAAAGAUCAAAAAUUCAAUUCAGAAAGACUUCGAUCCUCUCACUUUAGAAGGAAUCCAUCACUUCUACUUUCCUCCUUGGAAGAAAGAAGUUCCAUAUAAAGUCAAUAUCAGCAAAUUAGGAAAAGAAGAAGCUGCGAUGAUCCACAAUCUGGCUUUCAAAUAUAGGUGCAAAAAUACCAUUGCAAUAUACACCGAUGCCUCAUCCACUUUAGAGGGAAUAGGGAUUGGGAUCGGGAUAGCGGUUAUCUUACCAAAUGGCCGAAUUUCACAUCAAGAGACUAUCAAUAUAGGUGUGAAUCAGCUUGUCUAUAAUGGCGAGCUCCUAGGAGUUACUAAAGCGAUCGAAUACGCAAAUUCAAUAGCCCAACCAGGAAACAAGUUCAAGAUAUACUCAGAUAAUCAAGCAGGAUUAUUCCGGUUGAAAACCCCCUCCGAUUUACCUGGUCAAUCAUGCCUAAUCAAAGCUAUAAAAGUUGCGGAAGCUAUUCAAAAUAAAGGAGCCGAAAUCUCUCUCAAUUGGGUCCCCGGACAUACAUCUGUACAAGGAAAUGAGCUAGCUGAUUCUCUUGCAAAAGAGGCGACCAAAAUACCAUCCUCAUCUCACGAAACCAGUUAUGCCUUUAUUGGAAUGGAUAUAAAAAGAAUGAAAUCAGAGAACUGGAUAGCCAUCCUUAACACUAACAACUUUCAUCAACCAUCGUCAACAUAUUCAAGAAACUACCCCUGGAAGAUCAGCUCAAAAAUCAGAGUUCCAGGAAACAUCAAAAGAAGCACAAUCUGUGCUCAGUUCCAACUCAAAAUUGGACACGGAUACUUCAAAUCUUAUUUGAAACGAUUCGGAAUCUCCUCUAAUGACAGUUGUAGAUGUGGGGGAAAGGAAUCUCCUGAUCAUCUUCUACUCAAUUGUCCUAUAUACAAAACGGUAAGGAAAACCCUCAAUAAGGAUAACCCCACAAUCCGACCUACCAUGAAAUAUCUGCUUCAUACCAAAGCAGGAAUCAUCAAAACCCUCGAAUUUAUCGAGGCGACGAGAAUAGCCACCAGAUCAUGGCAUCUCAAUAGAAUGCAUGAAGAAGAAGAGGAAGAAGGCGGAGAAGAAGGGGGUGGACCGGAAGAUUGUGAUUGA